AUGGAUGCCCCCGAUUUAACACAAUCACAAUCGAAGUUGCCGUCGGAUGAUCAUAAUUAUUAUUUAUUAGUUAGUUGGACAAACAAUGAAAUUAGGUACAUUAUUACCGUUGCCAUUCGACAUCAAUGUCGUUCAUCAUCAUCUUAUAUUCUUACACCAACUCGUCCACUUGUACAAUUAAACUGUUCAAAUUUAUUAUUUGCUCCUUAUAAUACAUUCUAUAUUAAACUGCCAGAACAUGGAGAAAACAGGAUUAUGUAA